CUUGAAUCUGGGUUCAGAACACGCCUAAUUCCAUCGAUCUCUCCGUCUCUUGAUCACAACCAAUACUAAAGACGUAUCCUCAGUCUUCAAUACUGUCCGCUUUAGCUGGCUGAUGCAUACUUUGCCGUCUUGAAUGGCCGCUUCAAAUCAGCCUCUGCCGGUAUCGCAGAGGGAGCUUCCCUCACACCGUGCCGACAUGCUAAAAGUCGAAAAUGGCUGAGAAAAAUUCCAGAACCAGCUCAGACUCACCUAGCACGAGAGCAGCUGCUUCCAAGAAGCCCUCGGCACCCAGGAUUCCGGUCCACCAGAUCUAUGCCCUACCAGCUCCCAUCCGGACUUUUCCCUUGCCAAGCUUUUACCCGAGCAACCCGCUGUCUCUCGCGCAUCUCAUCUACAUAUGGUUGAAGCAGACGGUCUUCGCCAGGCCACCAAAUGAACCCUCAAAGUUGUACCAGGGCGAGUGGUCGCCAGAGACCAGGUCCGUCAAAAUUUCGGAUGUUGAAGCCAUAAGAGCUCUGUGGGAGCAGGGCUUCUUUGGAAAAGGAAGUCUGAGCCGCAGCGAGCCAAACUGGCUGAAGCGAGAGAUGAACCGCCGUGGCGUCGAUAGCGUCAGUGUUGCAGAGCAAAACACCAACAAGAGGAGAGAGGAACGUCUUCGGGCCAAAUGGGAACGAGCAAGGCUAGAGCAGGAGCUUAUAGAACAGACUCGUCUUGAAGAAAGUCUAGCUGCUGCUGUCUUGCCUGCCUCUUAUGUCCCGCAAGCCAUUGUACCUCCAGUCGGUCCUCUUGAGCUUCUCAGACUGCCUAACUCAGCGUCGGAUCUGGAGGUCCCACCUUCGAUUCCCAGUUCUACCAGCGGACUGGCCACCGGCACAAGCGGGGUGUCCUGCGAUGUGGCAACCUUGGCGGAACAGUCCCAGGUCAAUGGUAGUGCCCAUCCGUCCUCUCACAAGAUUGAAGGUCUGCACCAUCUGCUCAAGAAGCAGAAGAAUGUUCGUUUCUCCGGUGGGGUCGCAUCGACCACAUUUGAUCAAAAUGAACCGCCUAGUCCCCGAGGUUCGCAAUCACAACUCCUGGAAGAUUAUUUGAAACCAUCACCAGUGCAGAAAGGCCAAGGUAAUGACAUCUCGCACCGCACGCCUCUUGACGAGACUCGAAACCUCGAGCACCUGCAGUUAUCUGCACAGGAAGCAUUUUAUCUUUCAUUUGCCAUCGGCGCACUGGCAGUCGUAGACCCAAAAACACAGGCGAUAAUGUCAAACUUGGAGCUUCUGCACCUGUUUGCCGACCACUACUACUUCCCGCCACGAUUGCCAAGCCAUGCAUCCUCUGGUCUACGCACCGAUGACCCAUUUCUUGUUCAUUACGUUGUGUAUCAUCACUUUCGAUCACUUGGCUGGGUUCCUCGCGAGGGUGUUAAGUUUGGAGUCGACUUGCUCCUUUACCGGCGCGGACCCGUAUUUGAUCAUGCUGAAUUUGGCCUCGUGGUGCUUCCAUCUUAUUCACACCCCGACUGGAAUCUUGAGGAGCGCAAACACCCACAGCAACAUCUAUCUUGGUUCUGGUUACAUGGUAUCCAACGGGUUCUUUCCCACGUGCUCAAAAGUCUGGUUCUUGUCUACGUUGACAUCCCACCGCCCUCAACCGUCGACUUGGUGUCAGACCCAAACAAGGGCAUUGUUGGCUUGCUGGAGCGGUACAAGGUCAGGGAAGUGAUGGUAAGGCGUUGGUCUUCCAACCGCAAUCGGUAGCCGAUAUUGCGGCGAUCAUUUGAUUAGAUGCUUCUUUCCUGAAGCAGCGAUAGACCCCGAUGCAAAAAAAAGCUGCACACAAUUCACACCGAGUUAGUAAUCAAAGUUUAGGCAAUGUUUGAAUGUGAAAGA